CUGCUUUUGUCCCUGUAUAUAUAUACAUUGGCUUAACGAUCUGGCAAUCGUACAUGAUCCUGAAUUUCCUUCAUCUUUGGAGCCCCUUCUGUAUAUAACUCCGAAUCACAUAAAAUGGCUCGUCCUUCAACGGCGCUGGUUCUCGCUCUGGUCUCCCUCGUCGCGGGCUGGGCGCCACCGGGUUAUUCCGGCUUCACUGAAGUAUGGGGCGCUGAUUUCCCUUAUGCAGCCGGCGUUGCUCCUGACGCCAACAACUGGAACAUCAUAACCGGCUACCUGAACGUCAAUGGCGAGUGGGAAGAAUACACGUCCUCUUCCGCCAAUGUACAGUGCUCCGGUGGACAGACACUGCAGCUGGUUCCAUGGAAGGACUCAUCUACCCAGAACGGGUGGACUUCUGGGAGGAUCGAGUCCAAAUACACCUUUACGCCCACCGCAAGAAAAGUCACGAGGGCCGAGGCCGAGAUCCGCUUUGGCACCAACGACAUCAGCACCAAGCAGGGCAUCUGGCCGGCGUUCUGGAUGCUGGGCGACUCGCUGCGACACGGUGGGAGCUGGCCGGCCUGUGGAGAACUGGACGUCCUGGAAACUGUCGAUGGCAUCCUCACUGGCUACGGAACUGCGCAUUGUGGUACCUACCCAGGAGGUGUCUGUAACGAGGGCACCGGGAUUGGGAGCCACAUCGCCAUCCCUGACCAGAGCUGGCAUGUCUGGAGGGUCGAGUGGGAUCGCACGUCCAACAAUUGGGAGACUGAGACCAUCAAGUGGUCGAUGGACGGGAUCGUCUUCCAGACCCUGACCGGAAGCCAGCUCACCCAGGCCAUCUGGACUUCUCUGUGCCACUCACCCCUCUACUUCAUCCUCAAUGUUGCUGUGGGCGGAAGUUGGCCUGGAUAUCCAAACUCUGCAACCCUCGAUGGAUAUGGAGCCAUGAUGGAAGUCGGUUAUGUUGCUCAGUACAUCUCGAACUGAUUGACUUGUACUAUCAACACAUAAUUGGCGUUGUGGGGAUCAUACCUAUAUCUAGAUGUAGCAGUGAGAAAGGGCAGCAGGAGGGAAUAGGUUUGGGGUUUUUGAAUGCACACUAUGCUAUGUAGCCACCGCUUUGCAGAUACGAGACGAGUUUUUGAGGGGGGUUUUCUUCUUGUAUUUAUUUUGUCCAAAUUGGACUAUAAGAUGCACUUACAAUCUCCAAGUCUUGCCUUACC